GGCGCGUCUCCCGGGCCAGGCGUCCCCUCCGUGGCGGGUGGGGCGGGCCCCACAAAGCCCUUUGUUGAGGCUCCGGCGUGACGCGAGGAGCCCCAGACUCCGCGCCCGUGGCGAGCGGGAAGGAGGCGUGUGCCUGCGGCGCGGCCCCGAGGCGUGUGCGCGGCCAUGUGCGCUUAGCGUAGCGCGCUCUUCCGUCAGUACCCCGGCCGCGACCCUCCGAGCCCCUGGAGCCCGGGUAACCAGGCCGCCGGCGCCGGCUCGCGGGGACCCGCCACCCUGGAAGCCCCGCGCCCACAGCGCGUUCCUGGCGAGUCGGAGGCAGGGUGGGGCCCAGGUGUGGGAAGGAGCCGAGGCUGAGGCCGUUCCCUUCGCCGCGGGCUCUGUGGGCGUCCGAGGCCCCCACCCGUCCCGGGAACCGGUUCCUCCCGGGCCCUGCGCGUCCGUCCGGGGAAGGGAAGGGGACUCGCCCCGAAUCGGCGUGCAAGGGCGGGGACGCGGGAGUGGUGCUGAGAGUUUUGAGUAAAGUGAACAGAGUUAUCUGUGACAUUCCAUCAGGCACCUAUGUAACGAAAUCAUACCGUAAUAACUCACCAUGGCGUAUGGAGUGCCAAGAAAGAACACAGUGAAAACCAUUUUGCGGGGCAGUUGUUAUAAUGUACAGGAACCUUGGGAUAUUGCACUGCUUGCAAAGACCUGGUACACGAACCUAGCCAAUAUCAAGUUGCCUUUCUUGGAAGAAAUUUCAUUUGGUGGUUCUGUGCAGCUCACAAAAUGUACCACCAUUAAAGACGGACUGCUCCCUUCUGCAGAAUCUAUCAAACUCGAAAGGGAGUAUGAAGUGAAGCGUCUUUGUAAACUGAAGUGUCAAGAAAAUACAUCUAAGGAAAUUCAGCUUCUCCUGAGGGAAAGGCCAGCCGGUUUGAGAAGACCUCUUCCAUCUAAAUGACAGUCAGUUCAUGAUUGAAUCUGUACUCUGUCUCUUGCAUCCAAAGGGCAUGAAGGUCUCUGGACCUUUCACUAUGUAUAGUUCAGGGCAGAUAUUUGAAUGCCCACUGGUGGAUGGGCCACUGCCCACAGCUGUGGGUUAGUAGCCAGUUCUGACAGAUCUUCUGAGUCCCUGACAUACUCUUGUUCCUUGUGUCACAAGCGACAGCACUGUAAGUAGAUGAAAAUGCAUUUGGAGUUGAGUCGUUUGUGCUAUUCAUUUUAAUUUUUGUAAAAUUGCACUAAAAGAAGAGGAAAUUUCUUCAGCUGCAUUGUUUUCAAAAGACAUCUUAAAUAUGCAUCUUUGAGAUCCCAAGGAGGGACCAAAAGAAGGCAAGAGAGAAAUUCUCUUAAAAAUGAUAAACUGAAACAUUUCAUUUGGUUAAGAAAAAUAGUAGACUUCAUUUUUAGUACCUCUCUAGUUUCCAAUUUUCUUUUUUUUAAAAUAUAUAUAUUUUUUAUUAUACUUUAAGUUCUAGGGUACAUGUGCACAACGUGCAGGUUUGUUACAUAUGUAUACAUGGGCCAUGUUGGUGUGCUGCACCCAGUAACUCGUCAUUUACAUUAGGUAUAUCUCCUAAUGCUACCCCUCCCCCAUACCCCCACCCAUGACAGGCCCCAGUGUGUGAUGUUCCCCUUCCUGUGUCCAAGUGUUCUCAUUGUUCAAUUCCCACCUAUGAGUGAGAACAUGCGGUGUUUGGUUUUUUGUCCUUGUGAUAGUUUGCUGAGAAUGAUGGUUUCCAGCUUCAUCCGUGUCCCUACAAAGGACAUGAACUCAUUAUUUUUUAAUGGCUGCAUAGUAUUCCAUGGUGCAUAUGUGCCACAUUUUCUUAAUCCAGUCUAUCAUUGUUGGACAUUUGGCUUGGUUCCAAGUCUUUGCUAUUGUGAGUAGUGCCACAAUAAACAUACGUGUGCAUGUG